AUGGUUUCCAACACAGCCGGUUAUAAAGUCUCUGACUGGGAAGACCAUAUGACUGAGGCUAUCCACGCACACAUCGAUGCGUUUGCCCUGAAUAUCGCCAACGGCGAGAGCACCACCGAGAGCUCUCUAGGCAAUGCUUUUCUGGCUGCUCAAAAUAUCGGGUUCCGAUUGUUUUUCUCGUUUGAUUAUGCGGGAAACGGGGCCUGGGAUAAAAGCGACGUAAUCAGCCUCCUCAAUUCUUAUGGCGGAAGCUCUCUGACCUACUGGCAUUAUAACGACCAACCUCUGUGCUCGACCUUUGAAGGUCCUGGCAACGCUGCCGACUGGGCGGACAUUAAGAAACAGACAAACUGUUUCUUUGUGCCAGAUUGGUCUUCACUCGGGGCCAAAGUGGCUAUGGAACAGGCUAAUGGAGUAGCUGAUGGUCUCUUCAGCUGGGCUGCCUGGCCAUACGGUGACUCUGACAUGGAUACCUACGGCGAUGCCUCGUACCAACAAUACCUCGCUGGAAAGCCCUAUAUGAUGCCCGUCUCCCCCUGGUUCUUUACAAAUAUGCCUGGCUAUAAUAAAAACUGGCUAUGGCGAGGAGACGACUUGUGGUAUGACCGCUGGCAGCAAGUACUAUUUCUCGCACCCGAGUUUGUGGAGAUCAUUUCGUGGAAUGACUACGGCGAAUCUCACUACAUUGGGCCCACCUAUGAUAGUCACAACGACCUGGCAGCGGCUAGCUACGUGGCGUUUGGCCAGGGAUAUGGCGAGUCGCCGUACAACUACGUGGAGACUUAUGACCAUAGCGGAUGGCGGGCAUUCUUGCCCUUCCUCAUCGAUACCUACAAAAAGAACGCUACAACUAUCACGGAGGAGGGUGUUUCCGCAUGGUACCGUCUGAAUGCUGCCGGGGCAUGUGGAUCCGACGGUGGCACUACAGGAAACACAGUGUCUCAGCUCCAGCUCGAGUACAAGCCUAAAGAUAUCCCCCAGGAUAAAAUUUUCUACUCUGCUCUACUUGGCUCGGCCGCCGAGGUUGUGGUCACGGUCGGAGGAGUCAACCUAGGUGCCGCUUGGACGCAUACUCCUAGUGGAAAUGCGGGAAUCUAUCACGGCAGUGUCGCAUUUACUGGGCACUCCGGCGGUGUCACGAUCACUAUCACUCGAUCUGGGACUACUGUGGUCUCUCUUGGAGGCCAGAUGAUCUCGAGCGGAUGUUCUAGUUCUUUGGAAAUCGAAAACUGGAACGCAUGGGUGGGCAGUGAAAUGGCCGGAAACUCGAUCUCAGUCAAGCCAGCUUCACUGGCUAACCAGGUCUGCAUCGAAGGCUGGGGCAAGGGCAACUUUAAAGGUCUAUGCGAAUUUACCUGUAGCUUAGGAUAUUGUCCAGUGGGAGCCUGUGUGUGCUCAAAAAUGGGUCCGCAACCGACCUUGCCCAAAGCUACGGGGAUCCAGGGGUAUCCUGUUGCCGGCGAGAGCGCCAGCUAUAGUGGUCUCUGCUCAUUUGCUUGUAACUACGGCGGUUGCAUUGAGGGUGUUUGUGGCACGGUCGAAGUUGCGCUCACCGUACCCACCGUCUCGCCCUUCACUCCAGAUACAUGUACAGCGGGAACUGGUUCCGGCUCUUUUGCCGGUCUGUGCAGCUACGCUUGUGAUGUGGGCUAUUGUCCUAUCCAUAGCUGUACUUGCACGGCCACCGGUCCAUUGAACCUGCCCCAUGCAGCUAACAGCAGCAUCAUCGGCAGAUCCACUGUUGGGGGCGAUAGCGGGCUCUGCAACUUUGCCUGUGAGCGAGACUACUGCCCAUCUCCUGUCUGUGUAAACAACAAGAAAGCUACAAGCGGUAACUGCGAGGACGACGACGGCUCCGACCCAGAAUGCGAGUCGGUUACUAUCUGUGAUUUCACCAAGUCUUACGCCACACUUGAUGCCCUUGAAGCCGCUAUUGACGAAGUCGAUCCCGCGUGCAUUGGCUUCCACACGCUAGACGGGUUGCGGGCAGAGCUCAAUCAGAUGCUGAGCAAUUACUCGGAUAUCACCGGGUCUUACGACUCCAAAUUCAACGACUACGUCAAGUAUGUCAAGGAGACCAUCAACAGCCAGCUGAAGGACUUCAUGAGAUCCGAAAGCCCUUACGGACCUGGCAACCAGUUCUUUCAGUGCACUUUUAGCCACCUUGGAGUGAACAACACAGUGAGCUCCUGUCCAGGGGAUAUCGGCAUCUCGGGCGGCACCUUCACAGUCUACUACGAGCUGAUAGACGCGGACGGAUUCUACAGCGCUGUUUCCGAUAAGUACGGCAUUGAAAAAGACUGGAUAGAUUUUGGUGAGACCAGCCUGGAUCUGGAUUGUACUCCAGCAAUGUUCAAGGAUGGCUGCGAGGAGCUGCAUAGCAAGUACGAAGGAUUCCCAGUCAAGGGACCGGACAGCGAUAUCACUGUGACCAAUCCCAAAGACAUCAUGACUCAGGCAAUGCCCAAUAUCCAAAAUCUCACCGAGACAAUCAGUGUGGCAAAGAUCGAGCUGGCAUUGGGGUCGUGGAUGGGAUCGACGGACGACGUGGUGCAGACGCUGUCCAUGGCCGUGUUUCUGCUGAGCCAAGCGGUCACCAAUAUGCAGGCGGUUGUUGACGUGGCAGAUGAUUACGACGCUGCUAAAAAGAAGGAGCUGAUCAAUAAUAUCCUGAUGGGGGUACUCUUGGUGAUUCCCUUCCUAGGCGAGUUGGAUUUGGUGGCAGAUGCCUUCACGGGGUUAGCGCGGGUUAUCACGAUGAUUGGUGAUGCUGGCAUCGGUGCCACCACAAUAUAUUCUAUUGUUGAAGAUCCCAAGAUGGCACCGCUCAUCAUUCUAGAGACUUUGAUGUUCAGUGGCAUGCGAGACCCGGACAGUUUCAAAUCCAUGGGCACUGCUAGGAGGGAUAUGACCAAGAAUGAUGUGAAGGGGUUGGGUGCCGAGAUUGAAGCGUUGGACAAUCAGUUCCAGGGGAUUGUUUCCAAGUGCCGGGCUAAGUAG